UUUCCUACCUUCAACCUUUUUUAACAAGAUUAUGCAUGCAAUAGUCAUUCAAGAUUCAUAGUUUCAACUAUGUACUAUCCACCUGACACCAUGUUUUUGAGCUAAAACUUUUCCGUAACUGAUAUAUCUUGCAAGGGUAUGUGUCAUAAACUUGGAGGAUCUUUCUAAACAUAUUAGAGAAGUUCUGAAGUUUGUAAAGAUGGAGCACCUGGAAGGAGCAUGUAAGAUGGACUGGUAAGCUACUACGCAGUUUUGUAACUAGCCUUCCAUUGUUAUCAUAUUUCUUAUUUUAAAUGAAUUUCAGCAACAAUAUUUUGUAACUAGCUUUCCUUACCUGAAUCCCUAUCUGUCGCUUUUCAAUUGUGAAUUCUCACUGAAGUAUGUGCUUCUGUGAAUGAUCAAUCUCCACCUCCAGGGGGCAAACCAGAUUUGAUGACCGCAACAAAGAUGGUCCUCCAUGACCGGCUAAGAAGUAGACGGCCCUUCCUUGUUCCUCCCUCAUCAACCUGAGGAUGGCUUGUCAGAAUCACCUACUGUUCAUGGGAUAGAUUAAGAGACAGUAGCUAAUAAUAGUCAGGCAUAUUUACAGCACUUUAAGCCAUAACAAUCACAAAUGUAAUCUCAUCCCAGCAGCAAAGAAGUUCAAAUCUCUUCUUCAGUGAGAAAGAACUACAGAGUCAAAAUGAUGAGAGCCAUUGAACUUCCUAAUGAUGAUGAGAUUGGAGAUCAAGAAGAGCUAACAAGAGUGAGAUACCAAGUUCCAGGAGCUGAGCUAGACGUAUCCCUGGAAGAACACAUGGCUCUCUUUUUUUAGUUAGGAAUUACUAUUUUCGAGUCCAACAUAUCUAUUAUCUUCCAAAAUCAUGUAAAAUCAUCCCUGCAUAUUCUGGGAUUUUGAUCCAUGUGAUUGACAGUUGUGUAAUGUGUAUUAUGGCAAAAUGCCAUUUAUAACUUAUUUUGGAGCAUUAUUUUAUUUAUUGGUGGAAAGGCAUGAAUUUUUUAUUUACUGAAUUCAGCUGUGCUAAAAACAUUGAGACUACAUACAUGAUAAUUUUAUUCAGAUUCUUCCUAAUCCUGUAAAUUUGCAGACUUGUUUCUUCAGGCAAUUUGGAAACUCAGUUGUUCGUGCAGAUUACUUGACACUGCGAAAGGGCUUCAUCAUGAAUCACAACCUGACAUCAAAAUAUGAUUUCCACAGCUGUAUGAUUUACUCUAUGGAAGAAGAAUUUCAAAGGAUAGUAGGUGUUAGGCAAGUGACGUUUUCCUUGAGCAUUUCUGAUUAUUUUCAUUGCCUUUGUAUUGCAAAAGCUUUGGAUAUAGCUAUGUCCAAUACAGCUGUAAUGUAUAUCCAAUACAGCUGUAAUGUAUAG